AUGAACCAACGAAUGCUUUAUUCACAAAUACUUUAUUUGCUAAUAAAAAAAAAAAAGUACAAAUAUUGGUUGAUCAUGAUGAUGACGUAUCAGGAUCAGAUCAGGUCAAGUCAGGUGACCAUGGGAAUUUAGCAGUGAAGCAGACCGACCGGCUGAGGCUGAGGCCUCAUAAAACUUCCUGGAAAACAAACAUUGAAGCAGUGAAACCUCAGACAGAGAGGCGGAUAAAGAAAAUGACACAAGAGAAACUGAAAUAAAAAAAAAAAACUAAAAAAAAAAACUACCUACCUGGACUGUUUGCGGCAUUAGCAAGCGGAGAGGACGAUGCUAACACGGAAGUGCAGGAGGACCGUAACAGCAGCCACUAACUUUAGUUCAACAGAGCAUCAGCGGGAAACAGAGGCAGAGAGCAACAGUCCUGAAACACACACCUGCUCAACUGCCCCACCCUCACCUGAGCCCGAGCGGAUGGCAGAGACCCAGCGGCAGAGUCCUACUUUGGGGACAGCUACUGCAGUUUACAAGCCUUCCAAGAUGUCUCCACCUUCCACCUGUCACUACAGAUUAAGACAAGUCGGCGAAGUGGGCUGCUGCUCUUGGCUGCAGGAAUGGAGGACUACCUGUUCCUUGAGCUCCAAAACGGGAAAAUACAGGCACGGAUGAACUUGGGAGCUGGCGAGGUCACGCUGUCCUCCUCCCAGGGAGUGCAACUGAACAACCUCCUGGACCACAAAAUCUCACUGAUGCUGCGUGAUGGCAAACUCACCAUGAUAAUUGACGAGCUGUUUCCAACAUUUGUUCCCAUGAACGACAAUGGGGAACAGCUCAACAUUGACCUGGGCAUUUGGCUCGGGGGAACAGGAGACCUAGACGCUCCUUACCUCAGCAAUGCCAUUCCCCCUUUCCGUGGGUGCAUGACUGAGGUCAAAUUUGAGUCCCAUCAGUUUGAUAUUUUAAGCACAGCAUUUAAACAAUGCCACGACACAAAGGAAUCCUGCAGCAGUGAGUUUGAGGCUGGUGAUGGCGAGGCAACCAGUUUCAGCACUCCUGAUUCCUUUGUUUCUUUCCCCACCUGGAGCGGGGCUAGUGGUGCUCCGAGGGUCUUGGAGUUCCUGAUGAAAACCACCAUUGAGGAUGCAUUACUUGUUUUCCACCCUGGCCGAGAGUCAGAUUUCAUUGCUGUUGGUGUUUCAAAAGGCUAUCUCAAAGGUAUGCUGGACCUUGGUACUGGCAUGGAGAUACUGGAGAAUACCCAGGUGCAGCUGGAUGAUGAUCAGUGGCAUAGAGUUAAGGUUCAGAUCAGUGAGGAUUCUUUUGUCAUUAAUGUAGAUAGCCAGUCUUCCUCCCUCUCUUUUGACUCAUCGGAAAAACUGGACUUAGUGGGAAACCUGUAUUUAGGAGGCAUCCAGGGGAAAAUGAAGGACCUCUUUCGUGAAAGCGGGUCCUUAAAUCGUGCAGAGGAGGAAAUUACAGCUGAAUCCUUUAUUGGGUGUUUGGGAGAGAUCAAAGUUAAUCAGAAGGACCGGAGCCUGCAGGAUGCUUUGGUGACCAAAGAUGUUCAUGUUAAAUGUGAAGGAGAGGACUAUGAUUACUCAAGUUAUUAUGAUGCAGAGACAACUACAACUUCUCCUCCUGUCCGCAUCCGAUAUGUUGAUAUGGACUUGAAUGAACAACAUUGCUACCCAACAGACGACACGCCAGAGAUAUUCAAGAACGUCACAAAACUUCUGUAUGUCACCCCAUUGCUUGUGACCGAAGGUGGGGAAGGUGUUCUUGAUAUCAGCAACUUGAUCCCUACGUUUGACCUCAGUGCUGCAGGAAUGCGUCAGUCAGAUAUUAUCUUCACUCUCCAGAAUGAUCCCUGGUAUGGUCUGAUUGAUAUGAACAUUAAUACAAAACGCACACAAAAGUUCACUCUUCUGGAUGUUGUCAAUAAGAAAAUUAAAUACAUGCAUGAUGGAAAUGAAAGGCAUGCAGAUCAAAUCCAGCUGGAGGUGGUUGCUCACAGUAGUGGUUACCUCCCAGAAUGUCUAACAACUCCCCGUGAGUAUGUCCUCCCAGUUGAAAUACUUCCCGUCAAUGAUAUACCACAAAUUAGUGGAGGAGAAAUCACCAUCACAGAAAAUGGCAGGACUCGUCUGAGCCCCAGCCUUAUAAGAAUCAUGGAUUCUGACACGCGCUGUGAUGAACUGGUAGUAACUGUAACCUCAGAUUCUUCCAUCGAAUUUGGAUACUUAGAAAAUGGUCAACAGCCCGGAAGAAGCAUCUCAGAGUUCACUUGCAGGGAGUUGAAGGAUGGAAAUAUCUAUUUUGUACAUAGGGGGGGUCAUGCUGCUGGAAUUACCCUGGAAGUGUCUGAUGGGCAGUCAGUAAGCCAUUCAACUACUUUAAAGUUGUCUGUGACACCACCUCAUAUGACUAUUGUCACCAACACCGGCCUUCUCUUGUCUCAAGGAAGCAACUCGUCCAUAGGUAUUCAAAAUCUGGCUGCCAUCGCUCAUCCUCGCAAUGGAGAUAUUAUAUAUAACCUCACACAACCGCUGAUAUAUGGAGAGCUACAGAUUAUGACAAAUGAUGGAAUGUACAAGCAGGUUACAACUUUUCAUCAAUCUGAUCUGGAUCAUCACCGCCUUAGAUACGUCAGCACAGACGCAAGUGACCACGAAGAUAUUGCGGUGGAGCGCAUUCAUUUCGACACCCAUCUGGGGCAGUUCUCCCUUUGGAAUAACACCUUCCUAGUAAAAAUCAUCCCUGCACAAGUGAAAGUUUCUACCCUGGUUCCUUUGGAGAUAGAGGCUGGUGAAGAGCAAACAAUUGGAAUCACAGAGCUUCAGGCUGAAGUACAAGGAAAAACCCCAGAUCCACAAACUAUAAAAUACAUCAUUGUCAAGCCUCCAACACAAGGAAGUCUCCUGUUGUUUGACAAAGAGCUAGCUGAGGGUGAUAUGUUCACCCAGAAGGACAUUGUGGACAAAACUCUUAGCUUCAGGGUCCGAGUGCAAAGAGCUAUGGAUAGCAUAGACCAGUUUCAGUUCAGAGUCUUUGCUGACGAUCAGCACUCUCCUCUCUACGUCUUCCCAAUUAACAUCCUCGGCAAUGCAGAGGCUCCUGUUUUGACCAAUGAGAGGCUGGUUGUCUUGCAGGGCGGUGAGGAGACUCUAAACAAAAACUAUCUUUGGAUGCACUCACCAAGUUCUACAGAUUUUGUUUACCGGGUCACGCAAGGACCAAAGUAUGGGCGACUGAUAAGGGACUCCCCUUCUGGGCAGCCUAGAUUUGAGGGGGCAAUUAGAGUUUUCAGUAAUGAAGACCUCCAACUUGACAGGCUUAUUUACAAGCACGAUGGCUCCAAGACUAGCAGUGAUGAGUUCCAUUUCUCAGCAUUUGAUCAAGGAGCAGAAAGUUCAGACAUUCAGGAAACAGUGAGUGGUGUUUUCAGAGUAACAAUCCAGUCCAAGAAUGAGCAUGCUCCCGUGAGGGUUGUGGAUAAAGUCUUCAAUGUGGUCCGCCAUGGUCAGCGCCUGCUAACAACUGAUGUCAUCCAGUUCAAUGAUGAUGACUCUGGUUUCAAUGACACCCAAAUUGUCUAUGCUCGUGAGGGAAUCCUCUCAGGCAAUAUUGUCUCAAAAUUGAAUCCAUCAAUGCCUCUUUUCCGUUUCACACAAGCCGACCUGCGAGAUAAGAACAUCCUCUUCAUUCACCACGGAGCAGAUCAGGAACGCUUCUCACUCCAAGUGUCGGAUGGCUUCUACAAGACCACGACACUACUUCAGAUCCAGGCAGGUGAGCCCUACCUGCGAGUGGUGAACAACACAAUCAUUGUCAUCGACCACGGAAGCACCAAGACCCUUAACACCACCCUGUUGUGCGCUGACACCAACAUGGACAUCAGAGACGACAGCGAGAUCAAGUUCCAGAUUACUUCCCCACCUAGUGAUGGCAGGAUUAUUGUGAGUGGGAUUGAGGCAUCAGCAUUCACCCAGGAGGACCUGAAAAAACGUGUUGUGUCAUAUGAGCAUAAUUAUGAGAGUCUGAGGUCCAAGGACUCUUUCAGCUUCACCGUCCAAGCACAAGGACAUUCUGAAGAUGGCACAUUCAGGAUUAAAAUAUUCAAGCAAGGGUACCUCACUGAGCCUGAGGUGAUAACCAAUGAAGUCAUCGUUUCCUAUGAGGGAGAGCACACUGUCAUCAACAGGGAUCAUCUCAAGGUGGACCAAGCUGAUAUUGUGCCGACAGAAAUGGUGUUCACCAUUAAAGAGCCUCCUCGGCUUGGCCAUGUGGUCAAGCUGACAAACAGUUCAGACAGCGCGGCCUCGCCUGUCCUCGACUACAUUCACAGCUUCACUCAAGAGGACAUUGAUCAGGGGCACAUUCUCUAUGUGUCUGCAUCCAUCCAGGGAAAUGAUGCCUUCACAGUGGAUGUCAGUAAUGGUUUUACCACAGUGGAGGAUUUGAAGAUCUCUGUGAACAUCGUGCCUCGGCUUAUCCCCAUCCAGGCCUUCAACUUUACUGUGAAGGAAGGCCUCAGCAGAGUAAUUAAUGCAGAGAUUGUAAACAUCUCACAUCCUUUCUACAGCUCAAUAAACAUCGAAUUUAUUGUGGAUGAGUCACCACAGCACGGGGACCUCCGCUACCUCGAUGGAGACGAAGUUAAUUACUUUACAUGGGAAGAGGUGAAAGCUGGACACGUCUACUACAUGCAUGACAGCACCGAGAACACCGAGGACAGUUUUACGCUCGCUGCCACGGCUUAUGAGAUUGAGCGCCGGAGCCUCCCUGUCACCAUCUCGGUGACUGUCAUCCCAGUCAACGACGAGCCGCCAAAACUGACACGUAACACGGGCCUGGAGGUUCUCGCUGGAGAGGAAGCUGAUAUCACCUCCAGCAUGCUGAAGACCGAUGAUGCUGAUACCCCUGCAGAGGAACUGGUGUACCACGUUGAGGUGCCAACCAAUGGGAUGGUGGCGUUGAAAGAGGCGCCUGAGGAGGGCAUCCUGAAUUUCACACAGGCUCACAUAAAUAAAGGGGAGGUCAUCUUUAUCCACGAGGGUGAGGAGUCUGGUGGUUUCAGUUUCACUGUGACAGACGGAGAGCACACGUCUCCUCUCUACCAAUUUGUCAUCACAGCCAGGCCUCUCACCAUCACCAUGGUAACGCAGGAGGAGCUCAUGGUGUUCCCAGGAACAAGGCAGCCCAUCACAAGUGCCAAUCUGGGGGCUGUAACCAAUGAGGAUGGAAAUGAGAUAAGCUACUCACUUAUCCGCCCACCUCGUUUGGGAAGACUGAUCCUGGCCAAUGACAGGAACCAGUAUGAGGAAAUUACCCGCUUCUCACAAACACAGCUGGAGUCAGGAGCAGUCUUCUAUGAGCACCAGAUACCUGAGGAGCCUUUUUGGGUGGUGAGAGACUCCAUCGAGCUCACUCUGUCAUCCCAGCCAGCUCCAGAUGUGCGUCACAUCCUCCCCAUCACCGUCUCAUACUAUGCUGCUCACAGCAACAUCUCCUCACAGCUGUGGAAGAACAAAGGUCUGGAAAUGGUGCAGGGCCAGAGGAAGACCAUUGACAAUUCGAUUCUUGAUGCCUCCAACCUUCUGGCGAGCGUACGUGAGGCUAACCAAGAUGAUGUGGAUGUGGUUUUUGAGAUUAAGCGUUUCCCUGACCACGGUCGUAUAACCCUGGGUGGUCAGGACCUGCCCCGUAAUGCCCCAUCCUUCAUGCAGGAAGAUGUAAAUCAAGGAAAGGUGGAAUAUCUCCAUGAUGACUCAGGGGCCUCUUUUGACAGCUUCUCUUUCAGAGCUCGUCUAAAGUCUGAGGGUCGUGGCGUGUCCUCACCUGCCGAUGCCGUGGUCCUGGAAGAGAUCUUUAACAUCUCAAUCAAACGGCGAGGCUCUGACCCCCCCGAACUCGUCACUACAGACAUGCUCUUGGAGGUUCUUCAAGGCUCCAUGACCAUCUUGACCCGGAAGCAUCUCAACACCCAAGACGAGGACAGUCCACCAGAUGAGGUGCACUUCAAAGUGACCAAAGCCCCGAGGAACGGUCGACUGGUUGACUCGCUCACAAUGGACCCCAUCUCUGAGUUCACACAAGAGAUGGUCAAUCGUGGGCAGGUGGGCUUCUACAGUGAUGACAGCCUUGCAGAUGGCGUUGUGGAGUUCAUUGUGUCAGAUGGUGAACACCAGACAGAGCCGCACACGCUCCACAUCGGCGUCCUAGCUCGCACCUUGUUUCUUGAUAAAGCUCCUGAGAUCAAGGUGAAACAAGGUGAUGAUGAGACCCUGGUUACUGAGGAGAUGUUGAAGGCCAGUACUGGGGGCCCUGUUGAGGAGGACAUCCUUUACAAGAUCACAAGUGUUCCUAAGUAUGCAGCUGUCAUGGUAGACCGGCAGCCAACGUCAGCCUUCACCCAGAAACAGAUCAAAGAGGGCCGAGUCAGUGUCCGGUUUGUGAAGUCCACUUCACCUCGAGAUAGUGUUGCCUUUGUGGCACGCAGUCGGGCCGCUAAUGUCUCCUCAGUCCUCAACAUCACAGUACAGCCUCUGGCCAACAUCGCUCAGGAUCCUCUCUUACCCCAAGGUACUCUGGUCCAACUGGACAGGAAGCUCCUGGAUGCAUUUCCACUGGCGAACAAGACCAGAACAUCCCCCACGUUCACCGUCAUCCAACAGCCACGGGGGGCUCGUUUUGUGAGGGCUGGAGGUCCUGGUGCAGGUCAGCCAGUGGCCACGUUCAGCAAUAGGGACUUGGAUGAGGGCCGUGUUGCCAUGGAAAUCCUCAAUCCCUCUUCUGGAUCACAAGGUGAUGUCACUCAGGAUGAGGCCCGCUUUUUGCUUAAAGCGCAUGGGGUGCCUCCUGCUGAAUGUGUGCUGUCCUUCCAGACAGGCCCCUACAAUGCUUCUGGGGUCUACCCUGUCUCUCUGUUGAGGAUUCCUUCAGAAGCCACUCCAGCCAGCCCCAACUGGAGUAACAACUGGCCCCGUGGAGCCGCCCCCACUACAGCAUCUCCUGGUUCUAGCUCCAAUGGGAAACCACACGUUUCCCGACGCAGCAACUUCUGGUCUAUUCUCAUCCCCAUCCUGGUAAUCCUCCUCCUCUUGCUGCUGGCAGCCAUCCUGGCCUACUACCUGAUCCGCAAAAACAAGACAGGCAAGCAUGACGUCCAGACGGCAGCGACCAAACCCAAAAACGGAGAGGUGGCCGGCACAGAAACCUUUCGCAAAACUGACCCAGCCAAUAACAUCCCUAUGUCCAACAUGGACUCCAAAGACGCAGACCCGGAGUUGUUGCAGCACUGUCGGACGACGAACCCGGCCUUGAAAAAGAACCAGUACUGGGUCUGAGACCUUUUGAGAUACAGUAGGACACAGAGAGAGGUGGAUCCUCAAGUGUUUGGAAGCCUCCUCAAAUCAUUCCUCUCAGUAUUAAAGACCUCUUGCCACAGCAGUUUAAAUGAAAAUAUUUUCUUCACGCCAUUGGUUAUUUGCUUAUCUAAACACAACUGUGGACAAAUUCUCAGGCAAUGUAACACUGAAUACUUAUUGGCAAAGAAAGAGGCAGUUUCUUAUCUUAGGAGGUUCAUGCCAUGUCUAUUUAUUUUAGUUUUGUCAUUCCUUUUGUCAAAGGGCACAGAUAAAGACAUAAACAUGCCAUGUGUUUGCAACAAGUAUUUUUUGGGUGUGCUCUGUCAUUGUAUUCCAUAAGAUCUCAUAGGCCAAUAUUAUUCAUUUGAGUGGAUAGUGGUAAUUUAAAGUCUUGGUAAUAGUUUGAUUUAAAUUUUUGGUUCAUUAGAAAAGUUGAUAAGCGUGUACAUAGUUGAUGAGGUAAAUAGAUUGCUGUAUUAUCGAGAAGAUGACAAACUGCCUCUUAGUGUUUUCUCUUUAUUUUUCAAUGUUUUAAAGGUACCGUUGUAUGUUAUUUCUCAGGGCUAAAUUCAGUUUCAAGAAACUAAUAUUUUGGGAAAUAUACAUAUUCACUUUCUUGCAAUAAGUUAGAUGAGAAGAUCAAUACCACUCCUAUAUGUGUCUGUUAAAUAUGAAGCUACAGCCAGGAGUAGUAUCAGUCUUCUCUCAACAAGAAAGAAAAUAAGCGUAUUUCCCAAAAUGUCAACCUAUUACUUUCAUGUCAUCACACAAUAACAUUUCAGUAGUUUAAUUUUUUGAGUAGAAAGCAGAUGGUUUAAUCCUAAAAACAGUUGAAAAUCUAAAACUUUGUUGCAACACCUUGCACGGGUUUGAUUGAAUUUAGCUCAGAGUCGUGUCAUCAUCUGUCACAUAUUAUUUCUGCAUGCUUCCAAAGUGCUCGUAAAUAUUCACUGGACUGGCACAGCACUGACCACGAAACUACAGAGUUAGUAGACCACAGGCAGUAGGUUAUUUUGGUAUGAUUGCUCUUUCACACAUCCGUAUUGGCUGACAGGCAUGGGUGAGCCCAUCUUGAACUGGGAUGUUUCCAGUUUCCAAGUCUGUAAUUAAGAAUUCAUAGAUACUGGUUGGUGCUGGUGUGGGGAUAAUGAAUCAAGUGCUCCACUCUAUAGGUUACGCUGAUUUAAAAUGAAGAGACUGACAGAGUUGAAGUCUUCAAAGCUACUUUUGAUUUUAAGCAUUCCAUAUGUAAGCUGAAUAUACAGAUUUUUUAACUCUUUAGACUUGUUUUGUAUAUUGAGCAUUACUGUAAAUGAGACUCUCUUUAGACGUCUUUUUGUCACUCUGACCUGUCGCGGUUAAGUUAUCUGAUUGUUGAAUGUUGAAUGACAUACUUAAGCUGAAGUAGAAAGUGUACAAUGAGAAAUUCAGAAAGCGUUUUUGAUCCACUAAAGAAGAGAAAGACUCAAACAAUUCAUUUUUCUGACCGUGUUUUACUAUUUGCUGUAUAUUUCUUUUUUCAUACUGUAUACCGAUGACACCUUAUUCUUCGUUAGUCAUAUACUGAAUAUACGAUUAUGUCUUUGCAGUAUUCAUCGUCUCAUUGAUUUUCUAUUUUUGUAGUGUUUUGAGAGCAGGAGAUGUAGGUAGAGAUUUUACAGACAGCGCAGAGCUCAGUGUGUAUUUUCAGUGACAUUAUCUCUUACAAAUAGCUAAAAUAAAACGAUAGGUCCCUCAUUCAGGACAUCACAUCCACAUCUUGGCAGUAAAUAUUCUGUCUUUGAGUACGAUUUUUGGGCGUCAAAGGUAUAUGUACAUGUAACUACAUUUACUUAGAUUGAUCAACUACAAAGUGUGCGUGAGUGUGAGCUUGUCAGUGUGUGUGUUUGUGCAAGCGCCCAUCUCACUCUUCUGUUUCCUGCUUACUGAAGGUUGAGUUCAUCACCACCCCUCAUUUUUCAUUAUUUAUUAUUUCUUUCACUCCCCACACAUCAGCUCCUGCUCGUGUUACGUGCUCUGUCAGAGAUUAAACUGUUAUCUGUAAACUGCAGGUGCCUAAUGAAAAAUAAUGGUAAUGCAAAGCAAUGUUUAGAUUCUGAGAAUAGAACAUAAAUGUCUCUUGAAGCUGCAGUAUGUCUCUGAGCUUGUUCUCAGCACUAAUGGAAAUAAAAUGAUCAUGCAACAAAA